AUGUGGGCAAUCAAUAGCUUUCUUCCAUUUAAAACAGGUGGCCUUGACGGUAUUUUUCCGGGGCUGCUACAAAGGGGAGACACCGGGGUGCUGGCCCUGCAUCUCACAGCUAUAUACAGGGCCUGUCUAGCACACCGAUACGUGCCACUCCAAUGGAGGGAGGAGGUGAAAGUAGUAUUUAUCCCUAAGCCCGGCAACAGUGACUACACGAAUCCCAAAUCGUUCAGACCAAUAAGUCUCACAUCCUUUCUGAUGAAGACUUUAGAAAGACUUUGCGAUAGGGAUAUUAGGUGCAUAGGCCGAGCGUUAGCUGAACACAAUGUCGAUCCUACAAUUGCCGGGUGGAUAGACAACAUGUUGAGGCACAGAGUGAUACGUUUUACUGUGAACACCAGCACAAGAUGUGUGGUGGCACCUUGGAACCUUGUGGUGGACGAGCUCAUCGCGGAGCUAAACAGAAAUAAACUAUACACAGUAGGCUAUGCGGACGAUCUCGCCAUUCUAAUAACAGGUCCAUUCGAGAAUGUCCUAUGUAAUCUCAUGAUAUCUGCUUUUCAGAUAAUCGAAGAAUGGUGCACACAAUAUCGGCUAACCGCUAAUCCAUCAAAGACUGAGCUAAUACUUUUCACUAACACAUGCAAUUUUGGCAAUCUUACAUUACCAAAGUUGUUCAAUACCGAAAUAAGCCUUACUAAAGAAGUUAAAAACCUGGGGGUCAUACUGGACAGUAAGCUGCUUUGGAAUAAACACAAAGACCACAAGCUGGAAAAAGCAUGUUACGUAACAUUAGCUGUUGCUAGACGGUCACCAAAUGCAGAAUAUGUCGAGCAGUUAAUAAAAGAAACUGAUUUUGGUUCGAGGUUUUCAGACAAUUUACUAGAAGAUGCUUUCCUUGACGCAAAUGGCUUAGCAAGCAAAUAUGGUUAUCCAUUCGAGGAGCAUUCCGUAGUUACUGAAGAUGGGUAUAUUUUGGGAUUGCAUCGUAUUCCGCAUGGUCGUGACAAAAAUAAUAUCCCUGGUGAAAGGCCAGCAGUACUUGUGAUGCAUGGUCUGCUUUCGUCGUCAGCUGACUUUAUGAUCAUGGGUCCAGGAAAUGCUUUAGCUUAUAUUCUCGCAGAGGAAGGUUUUGAUGUAUGGCUUGGCAAUGCUCGUGGGAAUUACUACUCUCGAAGACAUACUUUUCUUAAUCCGAAUAAUCGAAGUCAAUCAUUUUGGGACUUUUCGUGGGAUGAAAUAGGAGAUUUGGAUCUGCCAGCUAUAAUUGACUACAUUCUGUCCGUAACCCGGCUACCAAGUAUUCACUACAUAGGCAUGUCACAAGGAACUACAUCUUUCUUCGUUAUGGGAUCAAUGAGACCAGAUUAUAAUAAGAAAAUCACAUCAAUGCAUGCUUUAGCACCUGUUGCUUACAUGGCCAAUACCAAAUCUUUAGUUUUCCGUUUAAUAUCUCCACAUGCCAAAACUAUUGCGAGAGUAUUGUCAUUCUUGGGAAUGAAAGAAAUGCUGCCAAAUAACAUUGUGUUUACAUGGCUUGGAAUAGUUUUAUGUCACGACGGUUCCCCAUUACAACCAUUCUGCUCAGCACUUUUAUUCUCCAUAGUUGGGUGGAGCCCGAACCAAUUCAAUUCCACAAUGUUCCCAGCAAAGCUCGGACAUGCCCCAGCUGGGUGUGCAAUUAACCAAUUUGUCCACUACGCUCAAAGCAUCAAUAAAAAGGACUUCAGACGUUUCGAUUAUGGAUCUAUUAGCAACAUCAAAAAGUAUGGUCAAGCUACACCUCCGAAAUAUAACUUAUCGCAGAUCACUGCACCAGUGAUUCUCCACUACUCAACCGCUGAUCCACUAUCUAAUAUUGUUGAUGUUGAAAGACUUUAUGCAGAGCUUGGGGGUCCCGCGGAAAUGAUAAAAGUACCACAUGAUCAGUUUAGUCAUAUCGAUUUUAUGUGGGGUCUCGAUGCAAAGGAAUUGCUUUUUGAUCAUGUUUUAGACAUAAUGAAGAGAUUUGAAUUAAAUGAUACCUGA